AUGCUGCCAAUCUGGAAGGCAACGAUCUUUGAGGGUCUGGGAAGCAUGUGCUUUGUUUGGCUUGUUGGAGUAUCUUCAACGGCACUUGGUGUUGGAGACAGCAUAGGGACCGGGCUCACAUUGGGGAUUCUUUAUGCCUUGACAACCUCUCUUACGAUGUACACACUUGGCCCUCUCAGUGGGGGUCACAUCAAUCCUUUCAUCACACUCGUCACGAUGGCUUCAGGCACUCUACCUCUUGUGCGUGGUGCAGCUUACGUUGUUGCACACAUUAUUGGGUCCAUGGCCGGUGGUGCGCUUGUGGCAGCUGCGCUUGGACCCGGUGCGCGCAAUACCUCCAAUGGCGGCUGCAUCUUGAGGUCCGAAGAUAACUUCAACCUCAAACAAGCUUUUGCUUUGGAAUUCAUGGCCACCUUGAUGCUCCUGUUCCUUCUUCAUGGUACUGGUCUUGACCGUCAGCAAAUCAAAAGCCAUGGAAACCGCUUGGCCCCUCUUCUGUUUGGAUUAUCAGUUGGUCUCAUAGCCUUUGCCACCUCUGGCUUUGCAAAUACUCACGCUUACAUUGGCUCGCUCCGCAUUCCGGAUCGCGGCCAAAUGGGCAUACAUCACGGAACGAUCGUGAUCAGCGCGAAUCUCGACGGCCAACUCAAAGCGGCCCUGGGACUGACUCCCAGCAUAGUAAGCCCAAGUUUCGAGCCUCUUGCAGACGAUUGGUAUACGGUCGCUGACCGCUUUCGAUUCCAGAAUAUCAUCGACUCAAACCAGUCUGGUCGACUCGGUCACCAGCGACCUCUACCAUCGCUGCUUCAUCCAAAACCUCUCCCGCGCAUUUUCGCAGGAUUGCUAGCCUCCCUUGAGCCAUCUACCAGUCGGAGGUAUGUCCCAGCUUCUUAUUCUAACUCCCAUUCCACCGAUUUCCUUUUACUUUUUAGUGACUCGCUGUCGGGAGUAAUCGCAGGUCUAUCCCAAGGUUAUGGACGCACCCGCACUGAAGAAAAAAAGACGACUUUGUCCGAGCUGGCUAUCAGGAACUUGAGGUCGGACAAAACCUUUUCUCACGUAUGGCUCACCCUCCCGACACUCAAUUCCUCGUCAUAUCCCCAGCCAUGGGAGAGGGUCUUUGGACUACCGUCACACUUUACGCGAUAA